UUGUAGUUUUUGUGUGAGGAUGCUACUUUCUGGAUUGGACUAAGACACACCUCAACUGCAUGACAAGCAAGUGCAAGGGAGUAGCCUGCAGGGCCCGGCUUCCCAUCACGACCAGCUCCUCUCCACGCCGCCUGUGAUCGCCUGUGAUGUGCGUUACGGCGUUACGCACGCAGCACGACUCAUUCCUAUAGUUUGAUCUUGCCUUACAAAUAUAUCACGGUGACGGACGUAAAAGGUUGGUGGAGAAGGAUGAGCAGCAAGGAGCUGACGGUGGGCCAGUCCAGUCAGUACGUGGGGCCCUACCGGUUGGAGAAGACCCUUGGAAAGGGACAGACAGGGCUGGUAAAACUGGGGGUCCACUGUAUAACGGGACAGAAGGUGGCCAUAAAGAUUGUGAACAGAGAAAAGCUCUCAGAAUCUGUGUUGAUGAAGGUGGAGAGGGAAAUAGCUAUUCUUAAACUAAUCGAGCACCCUCACGUCCUCAAGCUGCAUGAUGUGUAUGAGAAUAACAAAUAUCUGUAUUUGGUGCUGGAGCAUGUGUCUGGGGGAGAAUUAUUCGACUACCUAGUGAAGAAGGGUAGACUGACCCCCAAGGAAGCAAGGAAGUUUUUCAGACAAAUCAUUUCAGCCCUCGACUUCUGCCACAGUCAUUCUAUAUGUCAUAGAGACCUGAAACCAGAAAACCUCCUCCUGGAUGAGAAGAACAACAUCAGGAUAGCAGACUUUGGCAUGGCCUCAUUGCAAGUGGGCGACAGUUUGUUAGAAACAAGCUGUGGAUCUCCACAUUAUGCCUGUCCAGAAGUCAUACGGCAUGGCAAAUGCUAUGACAGGUGGUUUGAUAAGUCCUUCUCCAUUGUGAUUUACAAGAAUGGAAAGAAUGGUUUGAAUGCCGAGCACUCCUGGGCCGACGCGCCCACAGUGGCUCAUCUCUGGGAGUUCACAUUGGCCACAGAUGCGUUCCAGUUGGGCUACACCGAGGAUGGACACUGUAAGGGUGAGGUUGACCGCUCCCUCCCAUCUCCUCAAAGGCUCCUGUGGGACAUCCCGGCUGAGGUUCAGACGCAAAUUUGCAAGUCCCUCACUGUGGCCCAAAACCUGGCAGAUGAUGUAGACUGCCAUGUGUUCCCCUUCCGAGAGUUUGGGAAAGGACGGGUAAAGAAACUGCGCAUAAGCCCGGACGCCUUCAUCCAAAUCAGCCUGCAGCUUGCUUACUACAGGGACCGCGGUGGUUUUUGUCUGACUUAUGAGGCAUCCAUGACUCGUUUGUUCAGAGAAGGCCGCACAGAGACGGUCCGUUCCUGCUCCAAUGAGACAUGUGCCUUUGUCAGAGCACUGGAGGGGGGAGAGUCAGUGGAGCAGUGCAGACGCCUUCUCCAGCUGGCAUCCGAAGGGCAUCAGAACCUGUAUCGCAUGGCCAUGACAGGAGCAGGCAUCGACAGACACCUCUUCUGCCUUUACGUGGUCUCAAAAUAUCUGGGCGUGGACUCACCUUUCCUCAAAGAAGUUUUGUCAGAGCCCUGGCGUCUUUCCACCAGCCAAACCCCCAUACAGCAGAUUGAACUGUUUGACCUCAAAAACAAUCCUGAUUACAUUUCCCUGGGAGGCGGGUUUGGGCCUGUUGCUGAUGAUGGGUACGGAGUGUCAUAUAUUAUUGUUGGAGAAGAUAUGAUCAACUUUCAUGUUUCAUCAAAGCAUUCCUGCAAGGAGACAGACUCUCAUAGGUUUGGUGCUCAGACCAAGGCUCUACAGGACAUUAUGACGCUCAUGUCGGCUGAACCUAAAUCUACAGCUGCAUUCAGAGGAACAUCCCAGCCCAAGAAGCAGCUGUGAAGAGGUCACCAGUUACUUGUGUCAUAUGGGUUUAUUUACUCUAUGUCCAAGGUACUAGAUUCAACACAUAAUAGCAAAGAUGCACCACUUUCUAUGGAAGUAUAAUUCCUAAAUGUCCAUAAAACAUCCCUGCUGUUUGAUAAUAUUCUACAGCUUGUAAUCUAGCUUUAAAUUAAAACCUGUUCUGAAUCAGAUACAUAUACAGGAUUUCAUUAUUGAUACUUUGCAGCGACAUCAGACUGGGGGGGUCUAUAUGUAUGUAUAUGGCAGAAUGUUCAUGGUGACACAAUUUGCACAUGAGCACAUACUGCCAAAACAGUUUUAAAAUAGUAUGUAACUCAAGAAAAAAUACAAAAUGAAUUUAAACAACACAUUUUAACAGUUGGCGAACCCUAUCGAUCUUGUGACAGUAAUGUUAUUGGAGAGCGACUUGUUUAACAGCACAAAUUAGCUCAUUUGUUGUAGUUCCAGCAGCAAGUCUGUUCUUUAUGGUCAAAUUGUGAUUAAAGUCUAACUUUGAUAAUUGAGCCUCAGACAGAGCAGUGCCUACAUUAGCAUCACAUCCCCAGGGGAGUUUGAUGACAUUAGCUGUAAAAUGUCAAUUAGUUUAGUACAUUGGACCAAUUAUUCAAUUUGCUUCAAAUUUUUAUAAUAUGAAUGGAUGUUUAAUUGGAAAUACUGCAAACAUGAAAUGUUUACACUCUAUAUCAAGGGACAUUCAGGUUACCAACAUAACAAGGCAUAGUAUAUUAAGUAUGCAAGUUUAUAACAUUUAAAACUUCAUUUUAAAUAGAUUGCAACUACAUGAUAUGGGAAAGAACUUCAUCCCAAAAUGAAAGUAGGUGCAAACUACUGUAGUAAAGAACAUGUUUAAUUAUUAUUUUUUUUUGCAUAAGAGCAUUGUGUACAUAAUUUUAGUUUUGGGUGUAUAUUGUUAUAAAAUUGUACUUUUUAUCCAGUUUAAAGGGGCACUAUGUAAGACCACAACAAAGAAAGCACAAGCUGGUGAUGAACCCUCCACCAGAAGACAUACUCAGUGCACCUUUAAAAGUCUGAUGAAUGACUUAUCAAUUUGCUCCCAUACAAUGGCAUUUGCCAGUAAACAAGUUCAUGUUACAUUCACUUUGCCCAAAAUCAAAAGACUAGACACUCAGAGAGUGAAAGAUGACAUAAAGGAAGCUCUGUGCUUAAAUUAAAUUACAAUUACACUGUUGGAAAUACAUUCAAACAUGUUCUUGGCUUGAAAUCCAAUUUGUGCGGCUAUAAUAAAAUUGAAACAUGAAAAGUCAGAUGGGUAUAAUAGUAUAACAUGUAUAUAAUGGUGGUGUUGUGUUUUAUACAGUGCAGGGAGGAGAAGAGAGAAGGCUUAUGCUUCUUUGUUUUAGUCUUAAACUUUUAACAUUGUGUGCAAGUUUGUUUUAAUCUAUUAUUACUUACUGCUCAAAUCAUGUCUAGACUUCCUUGUUUAAACUGAAAGGCACCUCUCAGCAGUGCUUGGUACUUUCCCCUCUGCAUUUCCUUUCGCUAUCAAGCUUAACAGUGACCACCCACCCCCGGUUCUGUAAUACAAUUUUCAAUUCAAAAUGUCAUGGACUUUCCGAAAAAAAAUAUUUUUGGAAAGUUUGCUCAUUACUAAUGACUACAAAAUCUAUAAUUUUAUUUAAAAUCUGUUUCUGAAACUUUAUAAACCUCAAAGUUAUUAAAACAAUUUUCUUUUGGACUUAAAAAAACAUUAUGAACAUCAGUUACUAUUGAAUUUUUAAUAUUUGAAGUCUAUGGGUAAAAUUAAUGGAAUUUUUUACUUCCGGAAUCAGAGCGGACUUUGAAGUGGGCUCGUCUGUUGUCUCUUUUACUCACUUGGUUGUAAAACUAGUGUGUGCCUCAUGUCUGUUCCAGGUUUAUUAAUGCAAUCUCUUAAAUCAAUGCAAUUUGGAAAAUUUACUGUAAGCUCGUUGAAUGUUGCUCUGUUAGAAGAAGUGAUAUAAGUAGUCAUGGACCACUGUGAGUCUAAACAUCCCCAAAUAGGCAUGUAAGCUCAAAGUACAUUUUUGUGGUCUGGUUCAUUUUCUACUUGUAGCUACUUGUUUUCCAGUUCUGUUGCAUUUUCGGCCAUUCCCCAAAGAUGAAAUUAACAUGUUCUACCUCUUCUCUUUAUAAUACAAACCUUUACUGUAUUAACAAACUGGUGAUCCUCAGUAGCAAUUAUGCUGGACUAAACACACUCACAAACCAAUACUGUGCCUAAUGCCACUUUGCGGGGAUGGGCUGGCUCUUGCGUUAAAGACUACAGUUUGGACGACAGGGCUGUUAGCAUAAGCACUGAACUUCAGGUUGUGAUUGUAUUCAUAUUUACAUGUCUGCAUUUUUGGCAUUUUUUGUACAUUUUGCUAAACAGCUGUUCUUAUGGUCUUAUUUUCUUAAAUACUGAGCUUUGCACUGGUUGGUGUGUAGCCUACUCUUGGCUGAGUUAAACGUGUUAAAUAAAUAAACAGUUAUGGAGCUA